AUGGUCUACAUGCCACAACCGACAGAACCCACGAGCGCGCCUAUCAAGACCUUCAAGGACCUGCUGGACUGGAAGCCCGGUCAGGACGAGUACAAUGUUGCUCAUACGCCCUUCCAUCCUCGGCCUACACCCUUUGCUCGUCGAACAGGAUCGUCCUUUUCGUCAGAGUUCAAAGAUAAGACUACUCCUGGGCUGAGCAACCAGGCUCAAUUGCGAGACUGCAAGGUCAUUGUUUGCCAUGAUAUGGCUGGAGGCUAUGCAGAGGACGCGAGACCGCAGGGGAACGACUACGACAAGAUCUACAGCAUCCAAUACUGGAACCACGUCGACAUCUUCAUCUACUUCUCCCACUACCGCAUCACAAUCCCGCCUCCCGUUUGGACAAACGCCGCCCACAAGAACGGCGUCCGCAGCAUCGGAACCAUCAUCACCGAAUGGUUACCGGGCAUCCUCGAAAACGACGAAAUGGUCAGCGGGCCGAAUCAGACCCUUGCGGACGAGGAUGGGAACGACACGGUCGAUCGUCGAUGGUUUAGCAAGACCUAUGCUGAUAAGCUGGUGGAUUUGGCAGUGUAUUACAAGUUUGACGGGUGGUUUGUCAAUAUUGAGAGUAUUAUGAGGGGAGGUGUUCAGCAGGUGAACCAGACGAUUGCGUUUCUGAAGUACUUUCGGGAGCAGAUUCAUCAGAGGAUCCCUGGGGGCGAGUUGCAUUGGUAUGACAGUGUUAUUACUUCGACUGGCGAGAUUGCAUGGCAGGAUAAGCUUAGUCCUGAGAACUAUCGCUUCUUUGAGCAGUCCGAUGGUAUCUUCACGAACUAUACGUGGCAGGAGAAAGCUGUAGGCGAGUCUGUGGCCUUGGCAGGUCCGCGUAACCGUGAUGUGUACACAGGAAUUGACAUCUGGGGACGGAACACAUUUGGUGGGGGAGGAUUCACGACCUACAAGGCACUGGAAAUCAUCCAGCGUGAACGCACUUCGUGUGCGCUGUUUGCCCCCGCAUGGACAUACGAGUCUCUUGGGAAAGACGCCUUCAUGACCAACGAUCGACUCUUCUGGACAGGAUACAAUGGUGCUGGGUUCCAUGCCGAGAACCUUCCUCUUUCGUCGUUCUACUUGACGACUUGUUGGAUGCUUGCCACAAAACCAAAGAAGGAUGGGCGAAAGAAGAAGAGUGAUGGCGACAAGGAUAAGGACAAGGAAGAGGAUAACAGUAACUUUCUGCCAGUCUCAGCGUAUAUCCCUUUGAGACCUUCAGGAUGCGCAACGUGGUUCUACAGUAACUUUGAUCGCGGGUUUGGAAACGGGUUCUGGAUUAAUGGCAAGAAAGUAUCUGAGAAAGCUUGGUCGCAUCUCUCGCACCAAUCGCUCUCGCCAUCACUGUCAAAGGAGGUCUUUUCGAUCGAGAGAGGACACGAUGCACUACCCCUUCCAGGUACUCCCAAGGCCGUUCGGUGGAUAUUGUCUCCUGAAAAUGCCUACAAUGGUGGAACAUCCCUUGUUGUCCAAGAGUUUAGUCUGGACAGCUCGACGCCACCCCUCCCACCUCUGCCUAUCCCACCCCCACCAGAGUCGCCACCUACUCUCCCACCUGGACGUGAAGAACCCAAGGACGCUCCGACAAUCCACGACGCGACCCCACUGAGGACAGCCGAUAUUGUUCACACGACUAGGACAAGAUCUAUCAUUGUACCCUUUUUUGACACCCAGAUCUCGCUGUUGAAUGCGCUCGAUUCGACUGUCGAAUUGGUGUUCAAGUCCUGCCAGAGUGACGUUCAAGUCGGAGUGCAUCUUGGGAUGUUGGCUGCUGAGCAGGACAAGGAUGACAGUGGAAAUUCGACAACUAUCGCGUGCAAACUUUCGCGACACGAGCUCUUGGAGGUAUUGGAGCCUAACAUCAAGGCGCAGUGGGAAAGUAUCCCAAUCCCACCAUCGACAAAGACGACAAAGGGAUUCCUGAGUCUUGGAGCGAUCGAAGGCACAGACCGGUCGAAACAACUCGAGACUGUCCUUGCGCUGGACAUUUCUCCGGGGGAGGGCGGGUUUGUGGAUGCGAUCGAGACCCUUGAGGGUGGGUGGCGUCGACUGACUCUUCACAUCUCCAGCCUGUUCUCGGACGCGUUUAGAGAGAAGCGCCAAGAUGAUCUGUCGACCAUUUUCUUGUCCCAGCUCGGCCUCACGUUGACGUAUGAGGGUCAGGCAGUUCCAUCCAGGGCGCCUGAGAAGGAAGAGUCUCGCGCGUUGGUGAUUGUUGGGUCCUUGGCAGUGGUCCCGACGUGGAAUGCGGUUUACAAGGGGUCGUGUGUUCAAGGACUCAAGGCUGAUAAGAGCCAGUUUGUGGUUGUCGAGAAGAACGACAAGUCAGGUUCUACGAUCGAGUCUGUGGUUCAGAACCAACAGCAACAUACACUGGGCGAUAUGUCGAUUCAUGAGCAGCAACAGCCUGAGUCGAUCCGUCCGACAAUGACAGUCCUCAAGGUCUCGUCGAGUAUCACCUGGAAUAUCGGGUACCCGAUUGUCGGUCCUGCAUUGGGGGCAUCGAUAUCGAACAGAUCGUCUUUGCUGGUCGCCGGUGAAGUCUCCCCGGUGGACUACAGCCAUUAUGCCGUAUACUUGUCCCUUGAGCCACGUAACUCGACUAUCGACUCUGUGAGGACGAGCAAGGUUGACGGCAGGACUGGAGGAAAUGGAGAAAAGUUGUUUGUUGGGACGGCGUUCACGAAUCAGUACCAGAUGCUACAGUUCGAAAUACCCAUGGAUCAAGUCAUCCCUAGAUAUUCGUCACGGUUGCCAGAUGACGCCACUACUAUUGCCGUCACGACAACACCUACAACGACAGAUGUGCAGCGACUGUUGACAUAUGUGGAGGUGAUGGAUCAGAGUCGUCGAUCGAUCUGGAUGUGGGUCCAAGGCAUCCGUCGAGACGGCCGAGCAGAUAAGCCUCAGGACUGGGCGGUCGGGCAGCUUCUUUAG